AUGUUUGGAAAAGUAUUAACGACUUCGAUUCUGAUUGCGUUGACUUUCGCUGCGCCUUCAACUGAAGAAGGCAAAAGCAGCAAACGUCGUCAAUACAUUGCUCCAUUGGCCGGAGCAGCUCAAGUUCCUCGUAACCCAGUGCUUCUCGCGGCUCCAGCUCUUCCAGUAGCUGCUGCUCCAGCUCUUGUCCGUCCUGCCUUCGCUCCCGUCCCAGUAGCAGCUGCUCCAGCUUUGGUCCGUCCAGCAUUCGCCCCAGUUCCAGUCGCUGCUGCUCCAGUUGUCGCUGCUCCACUCUUCCAACAGCCAGCCGUCGUUGCUCCAGUAGUUGCUCCAGUCGGACAGUGCCCAGGAGGACCAUCCCUUCCAAUUGAAUGCGAUCCAAAGAGACCAUGGCCACAAUGCCCACCACAGUCUUACUGCUAUGCCACCAACUCUGUAGAUAUUGGACCAUAUUUCUGUUGCCCAAUCUGGUCCACCUACGGAGCUGCCUGGCGUCCAGCUACUCCAUUCUACAACUACGUGCCACCAGUUCCAGCCAACUGGCCAGAUGUUGCUAGAAUGACCGCCAACUGGCCAGCUGCCGCAGUUGCCAUGCCACUCAAAGCUCGCAAGCAACAGAAGAAUGAAGGAGAUGAGGAAAGCGAGGAUGAGCAGAAGAUCGGAUCAGCCAUCGAUGGAUGGGUUGAGCGUCAAGCUAAAUUGGUAGGGCUUCAUGCCUAA